UGACACAGCCACCCUCCCCUCUCACCCGAUCGAGGCAAGCCCCUGACAGCAUCACCGACAUGCCCCGCAAGGCUGAAUGCACUUAGCCGGUGCUGCUGCUCGGUCCAACGACAACAUACUACCAUUUACGAGACAUUCGACCGUCGCUUAUUAUUAGCCAGAAGAUUGCAAAGCCUGGUGUGUGUCUGUGAACAUAAUCAGCCAUGGCAUCAGCAAAUGUCACACUGGAAAAUCAACUGCACAGUGCACAGAAAAACCUGCUCUUCCUGCAGCAGGACCAUGCCAACACGUUGAAGGGACUGCACGCAGAGAUCCGUAGGUUACAACAACAAUGCACAGACCUGACAUACGAGCUCACUGUGAGAAGCUCUGAUCCUUCAGACAGCAGUGAGGUCCGGUGCAAGGAGCUACAGAGGAGGUGUGAGGAGCUGGAGGCCCAGCUGAAGAAGAAGGAGGAGGAGAACACAGAGCUUCUGAGGGACCUAGAACAGAAGAAUGCCAUGAUCUCAGUGCUGGAGAACACAAUCAAGGAAAGGGAGAAGAAGUAUCUAGAAGAGCUCAAGAUGAAGAGCCACAAGCUGGCUGUGUUGUCUGGAGAGUUGGAGCAGAGAGCAAGCACUAUAGCUUACCUGACGUCUCAGCUUCACGCCACAAAGAAGAAGCUGUUAGCCGGCAGUUCAUCUGAGGCCAGUCCCAAUGUCAGUCCAGUCACUUCAUACAAGCCCACGCCUCCCCCUGCCAAGGACAGACAGCCUGAAACCCCCCGUCGUCGCAUGAAAAAGAGCCUCUCUCAGCCUCUUCACCCGGAGUUAACAGAGGUUUACCGGCUCGGCCCGGACGGUCGGCGGCUGGUUCUGCGUGAGACAGUAGAAGCUAUGCCUGACCCCACACCCUUUCUUCAGGCUGGGAGAGACUCUCCUGAACCGCAGGUAGUGAGAGAACGUCCUGCUGUCAUCCCUCCUAUUGCCUCUGAGCGCCCUCCAGUAGCUCCCCUGGGUGCUUCCGCCAGCCCUCGUCACAGCCCCGCUCGGGACCGCCAGUACAGGGCUCAUGUGGGCGUAGCACACCGAAUCCCACACGGCACCCCUCCCCUGGCUCCACCGCAGGCAGAGCUGGAGACACUGGCAGUGGACCAGGUCAAUGAGGAAAAGGUCGUUCGGAAGCGCUCUGGGGCCGACAGGACAGUUUAACACUGCAAAGCUUGAAUGCAAAUCAACGCACACACAUCUACUGUAAACACACAACACUGCAAGAGCAGGACGGAGCCUGACCCACUGUGUAGCCUGCUUUUUACGCAACACUGCAAUAUGAAGAAAGCUAAACUAUCAUUUGUUUAUGGUAUUCCAUGACUUGUUUUUCUUAAUAUACAUUAAAAAAGGACAACUUCAAAGCAUGCCAAAUGUUUCUAUUUCACCACCCACUGAGAUCUUGUAUUAUACACAUCUUGACUUUCUGCUCACAUCAUUCUGUCUCAUGUGGUGCAAACAACAAACCCUCAGCCAAAUAUCUGCAUCAGUGCCUGCUCCACCUGUUCAAACACACACAAGCUGUGUAAUGUAGUAUGGCUAACAGUUAACUUUACAUAUCCUUAUCUGCUCCAUCUUCAACAGUAGUCUGGACAUAUCAACAAAUAUAACGCUGCAUAGGGUAGAACUGUAAACUCAUACUCAUCAAAUGUCUUUCAUCUUCUUGUCAUAUCAGUAUAAUAACUGUAGGUCAAUGUUACUGUGGGUACGAGCUGCAAAAUGUGCAAUUACAGUUGCCAGUGAAAGAUAAAGGCUGUGACUUCUCCUUAUGACUUUGACUGGAAAAGCAGCAGAGGUGCACAUGUGUAAAUGCAGUAUGAAACGAUGGCGAACGAGACUUGUGUUUGUGUGGUUGUGUGAAUGAGUGAGAGGGUGUGCGUUACAGAGCAAAACAUUGAAGGCCUUUGAGAGAAUUAAGUUUUGACUUAAACUAUAUCUGUUAAUGUUAUUUGUGAUACAAGGGCAUUUUUAAAAACACUGCUGUAAUAGAUUUUUUUGUGAUAUAAUCUACUGUUCUUUAUAAAGGCUGCACAUUUGUAAGGAAUUCUUUUUUAAUUUAUUGUUUCAUAGAGAACACAAAAGCACCUCAAAUACUGACGGUAGCCACUGCACCAACAACAUGACGGUAAUUAUAAUCACUCAAUAACCUGCUUUUCACAGUUAUAUCACUUGUCCUUGAAGUAUAUGUAUAAUUCAAUACAAUAAAGCAAUGCUUUUUUG